UCAAGUGGAGAUGUGGAGUGUCUUUUUGUCUCUCUCUCUGUUUCUCCAGCCAAAUUCAGCUGAAGAAGUGAUGCUGUUGGACACCACAGAAUCCACAUCUGAACUGGGCUGGGUCACCUAUCCAGACACUGGGUGGGAUGAGGUGAGCGUGCUGGAUGACCGGGGGAAACUGAUCCGCACCUUCGAGGUCUGCAACAUCAAUCAGAACCCCCGUCUCCAGGACAACUGGUUGGCCACACCCUUCCUGUACCGGCACUCCGCGCCCCGGAUCUUCGUGACGCUCCGGUUCUCCGUGCGGGACUGUGCCAGCCUGCGCUCCCCGUCCCCCUCCUGCAGGGAGACCCUCACCCUGUACUACAGGCAGGCCGACUCGCAGAGGGAGAUCGAGAGGGCCUGGGGAGGAGAGCCCAGUAAUGGGGAGAAGGAAACCAGGGAGGGCUGGGUGAAAAUCGACACCAUCGCCGCAGACAAGAGCUUCAGCCGCGUGGAGCCCAGUCUACCACACCAGUACCAGCCAGAUCGGUACCGCCGGGUCAACAUCAAAACCCGCAGCUUCGCGCCUCUCACACGCAGCGGAUUCGUCCUGGCCGUUGUAGACAGCGGAGCGUGCGUUUCUCUGAUGGGCGUGUCCGUUUUUUACCGUCGAUGCCCCUCCACCAAUCGGCAUCUGGCAUCGUAUCCCGCCACACCCUCCGGGGCGGAGCCCACCGCCUUGGUGCCGGUGGCGGGCACCUGCGUGCCACACAGCCAAUCGCAGAGCGGCACGGCACCUCGGAUGCACUGUAACGCGGAAGGGGAUUGGAUGGUGCCGGUCGGGGGAUGCGUCUGCGAUGAGGGAUUCGAGCCCAACGUCAACAGCACCGCCUGCCAGGCUUGUCCAGAGAGCCAUUUCAAGGCGGUGGCAGGCACCGCCCCCUGCUCGCCCUGUCCGGCCAAUAGCAGGACGGGCGGGGAAGGCUCCCGGGUGUGCGAGUGCAGGAGCGGGUUCUACCGCGGCCCCCGCGACGCCAACUCCACGGACUGCACCGGUCCUCCCUCCGCCCCGGUCUCUCUCUCCUGGGAGUACGAGAGCGCGGAGGGCGGCGUGUCUCUCCGGUGGCGCCCCCCUGAGGACAUGGGGGGCCGGGGCGAGGUGUGGUACAGCGCGGUGUGUCGAAUCUGCCCCUCAGCCACCCUAAUGCCCCCGGGGGGGUGUUCAUGGUGCGGGGAGGCUGUUACCUACACCCCCUCCCAGACUGGCCUCCGACAGACCAAAGUCACGCUCAACAACCUGCUCACUCGAGUUACCUACCUCAUACAGGUCCAAGCAAUAAAUGAUGUGUCAGCUUUGAGUCCAUUCCCACCACGAUUUGCCAGCAUCAACUUCACCACCAGCCAAUCAGUGCCCUCCCCGGUCCCCAUGCUGCACCAGCUGAGUCGGGCCCCAAAUUCCAUCACCCUGUCCUGGCCCCAGCCAGACAGGCCCAAUGGUGACAUUCUGGAGUACCAGCUCAGAUUCUACGACAAAGGCUCGGACGAGGACAACGCUGUCAGUUUGUUCAGUGAGACCAACACGGUCACAGUGGGCUCUCUGGCCCCAGGUUCCAUCUACGCUUUCCAGAUCCGAGCCAGGAACGAAAGGGGCUUCGGCCCAUACAGUCACACCAUCUACUUUACCACUCUAGCCCAGGAGGAGCAUUCCAAGCAAAUCCAGAAUCGUCUGCCUCUAUUGGUUGGCUCGCUGAUGGGGGGUGCUGCAUUCCUAUUGGUUGUCGCAGCCAUCGUGAUCGUGUUUGUGUUCCGAAGUAAACGCAGAGAAAGCCCUUACAGUGACAGACUACAGAGAUACAUUAGUAGCAGAGGAGGUGUGAAGUACUAUGUGGACCCAUCAACGUACGAGGACCCCAGUGAAGCCGUCCGAGAGUUUGCCAGAGAGAUUGACCCCUCCCAUAUGAAGAUUGAGGAGGUCAUUGGUGCAGCUCAGUUUGGGGAGGUGUCUCGGGGCCGGUAUCGGCCCCUGGGGAGGAGAGAGGUGCUAGUUGCCGUGAAGACUCUGCGCUGGGGGGUGUCAGAGCGGGAGAGGGCGGUGUUUCUCAGUGAGGCCGGUGUUCUGGGCCAGUUCGACCACCCCAACGUACUGAAGCUGGAGGGGGUGAUGACCCGCAACGCUCCAGAGAGGAUCAUCACUGAAUUCAUGGAGAAUGGGCCACUGGAUGCUUUUCUCAGGGAGAACGAGGAGCAGUUCAGCGUGCUGCAGCUGGUGGGGAUGGUCAGGGGGGUGGGGGCGGGAAUGCGUUACCUCUCCGAGAGGAACUUCGUACACAGGGACCUGGCCGCCCGGAACGUUCUGGUCAACUCCAACCUGGUCUGCAAGGUGUCCGACUUUGGCCUGUCACGGCUGAUGAGAGGCCUGGAUCACAACAUGCCCACCUACACCGCCUCCCUGGGCAGUAAAAUCCCGGUCAGGUGGACGGCGCCGGAAGCAUUCCAGCACCGCAAGUUCAGCUCGGCUAGUGAUGUCUGGAGCUUCGGCAUCCUGAUGUGGGAGGUGAUGUCAUACGGCGAGCGCCCAUAUUGGGACAUGAAUAACCAGGAGGUUAUGAAGGCGGUAGCUGACCAGUACCGCCUUCCUGCCCCACAUAACUGCCCCCCUGCCCUCCACUCCCUCAUGCUGCAGUGCUGGCAGGCAGACAGGCAGCAUCGCCCCGGGUUCGACUCCUUGCUCUCGGCCCACGACCGCCUCAUUCGGCACCCAGCCUCCCUUAAGACUGAACACGUCCGGACCACACAGCCGCUGCUGAGCCCCACCCCUGCAGACCUGUCUACGGUGGCCACAGUCAGCGAUUGGCUGAAGGCCCUUCGGAUGGAAAGAUACCAGGAUGAGUUUGAGAGAGCACAGCUGCACAGUCUGGAGAGAGUCAGCUUCCUCACAAUGGAGGACGUACAGAAUCUGGGAGUGAAUCUCCUCGGUCACCAGAGGAAAAUUGCCCACGCUGCCCAGCAACUCAGAACCCACCUCACUCAGGGCCAGGUGGAGGUGUAGGAGGAGACGUGCAUCAUUAUCAAAGAUAACGUCAAACUGUUGAAACUGGCAAGGCAGAGAGCGGUCUAUGGAGCUCAAAGCGGUCAAAGUAAAGGAAUGACAGUGUCUGACAUUGGGGAGGGAAGGAUUAAAAAGCGUUAUAGAAAGGU